CCCCGAGUCAGUCCCCGCCCAGCCAGGCCCGCCAGCCCAGGCGGGACUCGAGCCUGGGAAGCGAGGUUGUUGCCUGUGAGGGAGAAUGUUUUUGGCUCUUGGCAGUGGAGCAAGAUUCCUGAAGACAAUUUAUUCUUCAAAAAUCCUUCGAUUCUCUACUUCUGCUAAAAUGUCUGUGAAAUUCACAAAUGCAAAACGAAUUGAAGGCCUUGAUAGUAACGUGUGGAUUGAAUUUACGAAGUUGGCUGCAGACCCUUCUGUUGUGAAUCUUGGCCAAGGACUUCCAGAUAUAUCCCCUCCUAUAUAUGUAAAAGAAAAAUUAUCAAAGAUUGCAGCCAUUGAUAGCCUCAAUCAGUAUACACGGGGCUUUGGUCAUCCAUCACUUGUGAAAGCUCUGUCCUGCCUAUAUGAAAAGCUUUAUCAAAAUCAAAUCGAUCCAAAUAAAGAAAUCCUUGUGACAGUAGGAGCAUAUGGAUCUCUUUUUAGUGCCAUUCAAGCCUUAAUAGAUGAGGGAGAUGAAGUCAUAAUAAUAGUGCCUUUCUAUGACUGUUAUGAGCCCAUGGUGAGAAUGGCUGGAGCAACACCUGUUUUUAUUCCCCUUAGAUCAUCUAAACCUGUUUAUGGAAAAAGAUGGUCUAGUUCUGACUGGACAUUAGAUCCUCAUGAGCUGGCAAGUAAAUUUAAUUCCAGAACCAAAGCUAUUAUACUGAAUACUCCACAUAACCCCCUUGGCAAGGUGUAUACCAAAGAGGAACUCCAAGUCAUUGCUGACCUUUGCAUCAAAUAUGACACACUCUGCAUCAGUGAUGAGGUUUAUGAAUGGCUUGUAUAUUCUGGAAAUAAGCAUUUUAAAAUAGCCACUUUUCCAGGUAUGUGGGAGAGAACAAUAACAAUAGGAAGUGCUGGAAAGACUUUCAGUGUAACUGGCUGGAAGAUUGGCUGGUCCAUUGGUCCUAAUCAUUUGAUAAAACAUUUACAGACAGUUCAACAAAAUACCAUUUAUACUUGUGCUACUCCUUUACAGGAAGCCUUGGCUCAAGCUUUCUGGAUUGACAUCAAGCGCAUGGAUGAUCCAGAGUGUUACUUUAAUUCUUUGCCAAAAGAGUUAGAAGUAAAAAGAGAUCGGAUGGUAUGUCUACUUGAAAGUGUUGGCCUAAAACCCAUAGUUCCUGAUGGAGGAUAUUUCAUCAUUGCUGAUGUGUCUUUGCUAGAUGCAGACCUCUCUGAUAUGAAGGACAAUGAGCCUUAUGACUAUAAAUUUGUGAAAUGGAUGACUAAAAAUAAGAAAGAUAGCACACUGGAUGCUGCUGAAGAAAUCAUCAAAGCAUGGAACGUGCAGAAGUCUUGAUGUGUGCAGAAUGGGUCAGUGUUUCUAUUCUGUUAGAUGACCUAGUAUGAAAUUUCUACUCAAUGCUGCCACCUGCUGAAGUUGAAAAACAAAUAUUUCAGUACAAAUAGCAUUUAAAUAAAUAUUUCCAUUGUUUUUCCAAAGUUAACCCUACUCCUAACAAUAUUCAGGAGGUCUGAUUUUAUUUUUCAGUUGACAUGUAUUAAAACACUUGCCACUAUCAUUUUACGAGAAUGAGCAUAGCAUUUUGGAUAAGAAUCGUGAGACGCUUAACCUCUCUGUUCCUCAGUUUCUUCAUUAUAAAAGGGGAAUAAAAAUACCAUCUGCUUCAUAUGAAGAUUAUUUUUGAGGAUUAAACAGAC